AUGGCGAUCAUCUCCCGCAUGAAAUCGUCGUCGGCGUCGUCAUCAUCGUCGUCGAGGACGCCGACGUCGUACAUGAAUCUCUUGUUCGUGUCGGAGAGAACUGCGCAGACCAGCCCACCGAAGAAGAAGAAGAAGAAGAAACAUCAGGCGACGACGAGCCCGCACAGAGUUUUUUUGAUGAAUUGAAUGAGAAAGGGACGAAGGGUCUUGUUAUGGAGCGAUGCAGGUACCCGAGUACGCUUCCUGGAUCGACUGGAACUUGGCCUUGGCCUCUUCCACGGUUUUGGAGUUCCCCACGGCGGAGCACCUGUCCGGGUGCCACCUCUGCCGCAAAUAAGAACUCCGGGAUUCAGGAAACACCACAAGUCUUUCUCUCAUCCAACUGUAAGAAACAGAGAGAGAGAGAGAGAAGCCAAGCUCUCCCCUCUCAAUAUUUCCCCUCCUCUAUAGCCUCAGAAUCAUCUCAGAUCGAAGAUUCGAAGAUAAAGAAGAGAAGAAGAAGAAGAAGAAGAAGAAGAAGAAGAAGAAGAAGAAGGACGCCCUCGCCUGAAUAUCACACACAGGCUUUGUACCAAAUUGACUCACCAUCGCGAGCUUCUUGUAGGCAUUCCUCAGCUCCGCCGUGGAGCACUGCCUCUUUAGCCCCAGCACCGUGUAGAAGUCCGCCCGCCCUCCGCCAGCCCCGGCACCGCCGCCGAUCUCGCCACCGCCAUCCAUGGCCUGAUCUCCUCCGCCGCUCCAGAGGAACCGGCUUCGAUCUUAUACUUGUCGGAAUCUGGAAGCUUCACCUCCUACAUCUUCGCUAA